AUGACAUAUAGAUUUAUUAGAUUUAUAACCAAAAAAGAUAAAAUUGAGGAAGAUGUUAAUAGAUUUUUAAAUGAUGAAAACACUGAGACUUCUAAUAUUUUUUUUGACCUUAAAAAUGAAAUUAUAAAAACUUCUGAAAAAGAAAAAAUUCAUGAUACUAUGAAAUCACCUAUACUGAAUUUAGAUAUUUCCGAUAAUACCACUACCGAUAUUAUUGUUAUGGAUGAUUCAAAAUUAAUUAAAAAAAGAGGCAAGAAAAGGAACAGACAAAAUUUAAAUACUUCAACUUCUAUAAUAAAUCCAAAAAAUCGUAUUAUUGAGGUAUCAGAUGAUAGUAUGGACCCUAAUAACCUUGAUUUUUGCAAUGAUGUGGCCAAACAUCAAAAUAAUAAUAGUAUUGUUGAUUCAAAAAAUAAUACAAUUGAUAAUAUUGGUGCGACAUGUUUAGAAAUUUUAGAAGCUUCAGAAGAAGCAGGAUAUUAUUUAUUGAAACUUAAAAAUGAAAACUUAAUUUAUCAUAAAUUAGCAUCAUACACUUAUGAAAAUUGGUUUAAUGAAGAAUUUUAUAAAGAGAAAAUAAAAUACCUCACCUAUAUUGACAUGAAUUCAUCAAUUGAUAAUUUUCACUUUAAAAAGUAUAACAAAAUAAAAAGUGAUAGACAUUGUGCAUUUCAUUACAUGAAUUUAAUUACUUACAAUAAUGAAAUUUAUGGCCAUUUUAUAAUUAGACAAAAUAUAAUAAAUUUCUUGAACAAUGUAAAAACAGAUGAUGAAUUUAGAAAUCAAAAUAAUUGGAUAUUAAAUAGUUAUGAAAUUGAUUCUUUCCAAGAUCAUAUUAAACGCUUAACAUGUUAUGAUUCAGUAGCGUGUCCAGAAAACUGGGGAGAAAAACUAGAUUUUUCAAUUUAUGGCUACUUAUUUAAAAUAAGAUUUUUAAUAAUAAUUGAUACAGAUUAUAAAGGAUUUAACAUUUGCUGGAGACAUUACAAUUUUAUGGCAAGCAAUAUUAAUAAAUGGCUAUUAGUAAUAAUUUAUUAUAAUGGAUCACACUAUGAAGUCAUUACUGAAUUUGAAUAUGAUAAAAAUAUGAACGAAUCCUAUUGCUUUGAAUCAGAAUUGGACUUUAAUGAUUUAUGUAUUGAAAGAAAUGAUAAACUUCGUGGGAUAUUUAAACUUAAAGAAAAAAGUAAAAAUAAACAUAGUAUAAUUGAGGAUGUUGAAGAAGUUAAUAAUGAUAAUGGUAAUAUUUAUGGUAAUAAUUACAACUUACGAUUACGAAGCAAGAAAACAUAUUUCUUAUCAAAUGAAUCAGAUGAUUCUGAUAUAAUAGAAACUGAUAUAAAUUAUGAUCCAACAAUUUAUAAAUUAAAUAAAAUUAGGCAAACAAUAUUACCUACCACAAAUAAUAAUGAUCAAAUCAAAUAUGGUAAAUAUGUCAAUUAUACUAAUGAUGAUAGCAUGCUUUCUAAAAAAAUAAGAAAACAAAAAAAAACACAUCAGCGACGAAAAAAUUUAAUAUAA